GCCCCUCUGAUUCCCGACCGGCUUCCUGUGUUUGUGCGGUUCUCACAAGCCAGGGAGUGAGGAGGAGCAGAACUGGGAUUUGAGCGAGCGAAGGGCCGAGCUGCCACCUCAACAUGGAGUAGCCUAGUGUCCUCGACAACAGUAGCGGACCACAAAGAGGAAUACUCGAGGGGUUCUUUUUUUUAACAAGGAGGCACCGCAAAUGAUACCACGUCAAAGAUUCCACAACGCGGAGGAAGGAUCGGUUUAUAUUUAAAAGAUGGCGAACGACUCUCCGGCUAAAAGUCUGGUCGAAAUAGACCUGGCUUCAUUGCGGGAUCCAGCAGGGAUUUUUGAAUUGGUGGAAGUGGUCGGAAAUGGCACCUAUGGACAAGUAUACAAGGGGAGACAUGUCAAAACUGGACAGCUGGCCGCCAUCAAGGUCAUGGACGUCACAGAGGAUGAGGAGGAGGAAAUCAAACUGGAGAUCAAUAUGCUCAAGAAGUACUCCCAUCACAGAAACAUUGCCACGUACUACGGUGCUUUUAUCAAGAAGAGUCCCCCGGGGCAUGAUGACCAACUGUGGCUGGUGAUGGAGUUCUGUGGGGCGGGCUCCAUCACAGACCUGGUGAAGAACACUAAAGGCAACCAGCUCAAGGAGGACUGGAUCGCCUACAUCUCCAGAGAAAUCCUCCGGGGACUGGCCCACCUGCACGCCCACCACGUCAUCCACCGUGACAUCAAGGGACAGAACGUCCUGCUCACAGAGAACGCCGAGGUCAAGCUUGUGGACUUUGGCGUGAGCGCCCAGUUGGACCGGACGGUGGGGAGGAGGAACACAUUCAUCGGGACUCCCUAUUGGAUGGCGCCCGAGGUCAUCGCCUGUGACGAGAACCCUGAGGCCACCUACGACUACAGAAGUGACUUGUGGUCAACUGGAAUCACUGCCAUUGAAAUGGCCGAAGGAGCUCCUCCGCUGUGCGACAUGCAUCCGAUGCGAGCACUCUUCCUCAUCCCAAGGAACCCUCCCCCGCGACUCAAGUCCAAGAAGUGGUCUAAGAAGUUUUGCAGCUUCAUCGAGGGCUCCCUGGUGAAGAACUACAACCAGCGCCCCCCCACCGAGCAGCUGCUCAAGCACCCGUUCAUCAGAGACCAGCCCAACGAGAGGCAGGUCCGCAUCCAUCUCAAAGACCACAUUGACCGCACCAAGAAGAAGAGGGGGGAGAAAGAUGAGACUGAAUAUGAGUACAGCGGGAGUGAGGAGGAAGAGGAGGAUGCUGGAGAGCAAGAGGGAGAGCCUAGCUCCAUAGUGAACAUGCCGGGUGAGUCGACGCUGCGUAAGGACUUCAUCCGGCUGCAGCAGGAGAACAAGGAGCGCUCGGAGGCGCUGCGCCGACAGCAGCUCCUGCAGGAGCAGCAGCUCCGUGAGCAGGAGGAGUACAAGCGCCAACUACUGGCCGAGAGACAGAAACGCAUUGAGCAACAGAAGGAGCAGAGGAGGCGACUGGAGGAGGGAAUCCCAACUAGAAUUUCAGCUCUCCCUGUGUGUCGUAUCCCUGAGGUUCUCUCUCUGUUGCCCCCUCCUGGUGCCUCACAGCAACAGCGACGCGAGCGCGAGAUGAGGAGGCAGCAGGAGCGCGAGCAGCGCCGCCGCGAGCAGGAGGAGAAGAGGCGCAUGGAGGAGAUGGAACGACGGCGGAAAGAGGACGAUGAGCGCCGGAGGGCGGAGGAGGAGAAAAGGAGGAGCGACCGUGAGCAGGAGUACAUUCGUCGGCAGCUGGAGGAGGAGCAGAGGCACCUGGAGAUCCUGCAGCAGCAGCUGCUCCAUGAACAGGCCAUGCUCCUGGCCGACGAGCGCUUCCGAAAGAACAUUCAGGGCUCCCCCCAGACCGCCCCACCCACCAAGCAGCCCCCCGUGCCCCCCCGCUCCGAACCCUUCUCUAACGGCAGCUCCUCCUCCGAGUCUGUCCCGCCUGCCAUGCACCGGCCCAUGGAACCACAGGUCCAGUGGUCCCACCUGGCCGCUCUUAAGAGCAGCAGCGCCGCCCCGCCCCCCGUCGUGUCUCGCUCCCAUUCCUUCAGUGAACCCGCGGUUCCUAGUUUUGCACAUCUCCAUCUGCGCUCCCAGGAGCCCCACAACCACCACCUUCACCCCUCUGCUGCCGCACCAUCAGCUGCACGCACUGACCCCCAGCCCCUCGCCUCGGGCCCCAGCGACGAGGUGCCCCCCAGGGUUCCAGUGAGGACAACGUCCAGGUCCCCUGUGCUGUCACGCAGAGACUCUCCUCUCCAGGCCUCUGCCCCGCCUAGCAACCAGGCAGUACAGAGGAACGCCGGCAGUAAUGCGGAGCCACGUCUGCUGUGGGACCGAGUGGAGAAGCUGGUUCCCAGGCCCGGCAGUGGCAGCUCCUCUGGCUCCUCCAGCUCCCAGGCCGGCUCUGGGGAGAGGUUCAGAGCACGCUCAUCGUCUAAGUCUGAGGGCUCCCCACUGCAACGCCCCGACAACGCUGCUAAAAAGCCUGACGACAAGAAGGACUUUGCCCGACCCAACCGGCCAGCCGACCUGACGGCCCUGGCCAAAGAGCUGCGGGCGGUGGAGGAUGUGCGUCCCCCCAACAAGGUGACAGACUACUCCUCCUCCAGCGAGGAGUCAGGCACCACCGACGAAGACGAUGAUGAAGAAGUGGACCAGGACGCAGCAGACGAGUCCACCUCGGGAGCAGAGGAUACCAGGGCCGGGAGAGGUCUGAGUAACGGAGAGACUGCAUCCCUGAAGACCUUACUGGCCCACGACGACUCAGAGAACGACCUCACCACACCCUCCAAGGAUGGCACCUUGGUCAUCAGACAGAGCGCGGGCGACAAAAAGCGCCCGGUGGUCAAUGUCUCUUCAUCCUCCUCCGGUCCCAGUGUGGCUCACGGUCAAGCCGUUCAAGCACAUACUCCUCCCGGUCCCGGUAACGGUCACCAGGAGAAAAACGGCUUUGCCGGCCGCAUUCACCUGCUGCCAGACCUUAUUCAGCAGAGCCACCACUCCCCCACCUCUUCCUCAUCUUCCAUCUCCAACUCCCCCUCCUCCUCCUCCAGCCAUGUCAGCCCAGCCAUGUCCCCCCAGACCCCCCUGGACAAGCUCACUGCCAUCGAGACCCAAUCGGCCAGCAACACCAUGCAGAAACACAAGUCUUCCUCCUCCUUCACCCCCUUCAUCGACCCGCGCCUCCUGCAGGUCUCCCCCUCUAGCGGCAGCUCCCUCAACAACAUGGCGGCCUUCGGGAACGACGGGAGGCUGGUGGACGCCCUGAGGGCUGACCCGUCACGUAAGGGCUCCGUGGUCAAUGUGAACCCGGUCAACACACGCCCCCAGAGCGACACGCCUGAGAUCCGCAAGUACAAGAAGAGGUUCAACUCUGAGAUCCUGUGUGCUGCACUAUGGGGUGUCAACCUGCUGGUGGGGACAGAGAGUGGUCUGAUGCUGCUGGACCGUAGCGGUCAGGGGAAGGUCUACCCCCUCAUCAGCCGACGGCGCAUCCAGCAGAUGGACGUCCUGGAGGGACUCAACGUCCUGGUCACUAUAUCAGGGAAGAAGAACAAGUUGCGUGUGUACUACCUGUCCUGGCUGAGGAACAAGAUUUUGCACAACGACCCAGAGGUGGAGAAGAAGCAGGGCUGGGUCACUGUAGGAGAGCUGGAGGGCUGUGUACACUACAAAGUUGUGAAAUAUGAGAGGAUCAAGUUCUUGGUUCUUGCCUUGAAGAACUCUGUGGAGGUCUAUGCGUGGGCCCCCAAGCCGUACCACAAGUUCAUGGCCUUCAAGUCGUUUGGUGACCUGGUGCACAAGCCCCUGCUGGUUGACCUGACGGUGGAGGAGGGCCAGAGGUUAAAGGUAAUCUACGGCUCCAGCAACGGCUUCCACGCCGUGGACGUGGACUCUGGGGCGGUUUACGACAUCUACCUUCCCACACACAUCCAGACCAAUAUCCAGUCCCAUGCCAUCAUCAUCCUGCCCAACACGGAUGGUAUUGAGCUGCUGGUGUGUUACGAGGAUGAGGGCGUCUACGUCAACACCUACGGACGCAUCACCAAAGACGUGGUGCUGCAAUGGGGCGAGAUGCCUACCUCAGUGGCCUACAUUAGGUCCAACCAGAUCAUGGGCUGGGGGGAGAAGGCCAUAGAGAUCAGGUCUGUGGAGACAGGACACCUGGACGGGGUCUUCAUGCACAAGAGAGCCCAGAGACUCAAGUUCCUGUGUGAGAGGAAUGACAAGGUGUUCUUUGCGUCGGUGCGUUCUGGAGGUUCCAGCCAGGUCUACUUCAUGACCCUGGGCCGUACCUCCCUGCUUAGCUGGUAGUGUACACACACACCCAGCAGCAUGAAGACAGCACCCCUCAGUUUAUUACCACCAUAAUGAUGACUCAUGACAAUGAUUAUCUUGAACUUGACGUACAACUGGAGUACCGAGCUUCACUGAGCUCUGAGGCGGCGUGAUACCUAAAUAUCACCUGUUUCAAAUAAGAAAAGACAAUUGCACGAUAAACGGACUGAAAUCAUGAAGGGGAGGCCUCGGGGUCCCUAUAGGCUGAUGGGACUGUGUUUGUUUGUGUCAGUUGGUAGUGUUGUCAUCAUGCCCAUUGGCCACUCUGCUCUGACAACAGACGUCAUCAGCUUUCCUGGGUUCUUGGCCCCCAAACCCUACUAGAGCCUUCCCUUACCUCCUGCACCAGUGAGAGUAGGGAUCUGAGCCCGACUUAUUCAAAACACUAGUAGAUGUUAAUGUGUGUCUAUUGGAAGAAAAGAGAGGGGGGAUGUAUUGUGUGACAGAGGGAGGAAAAGAAUGAAAGAGACUGUUGCGGAGGAAGGGAAGCUUAUAGCACCAGACAGGUGAAGGGUCAUACAGUAGUUUGUUAUUGUGUUUAGUCCAGGUCAUGUUCAGGUCAACUUCUGUGUUGAGAGUUUCUUAGAUCAGUUCCUCUGACUGACAUGCCGUUGCAUUUUCAAACGGGUCGUGCUUGACAUUGAAAAUUUAACUUUUGUCUCUUUUUCACUCUGGCCUUCCUCUUGAUAAGGGUUCAAACAGGGUUAAAGUGUGGAGAGAAGUUUCAUCAAAGAUGUCGACUUAACCCUUAAUAGGACACUGCAACCUUAUAGGGGCCUUUCCAGUCCCAUAUACUCCUGAGGGUUUUUUCCAGCCUCCCUCAACUUUAACGUGCCACAUUGCCUCUCCUUGGUCGUGUUGGGCAAACUGUGAAUGGGUUGAUAUGUACAGUAGACUCUAGAGAAUGGUCUUGGUCAUGACUUUGACCCACCAUUUGGUAGCAUGAUGACCAGGGUAUUCAAUGGAACAAGUGUCAAGAUUAAAUAUACCUUAACGAUUUGUAGAUGAAGCUUUAAAAUCCACAACAUAUCCAAAUGUAUCAGCAACCACAGGUUCGAUUUGUUUGUUUUUCAUUUUAAUGGGCCCCUCCACUGAAUUCAGGUUUGCGUUUGUCGCUACUUGUAAAAUCUGUUGUGACAAAUGCAUUAGGUUUUGCUCAUAACUCCUACAGGAAAUGUAUCAAAAUCUGACAUUUGAGUGAGAUUGAAUUAUUACAUGUAAAAACUAUUAUGAAGCAGCAUGGCCCCCAUUUUGAUACAUUUGUGAAAUCGUUGUAAUUCGACGUUGGACUCUUUAAUACCAUCAGACCACCAUAGCCUGGUAGCUUCACCCCCUCAGCUUGUCUGCAUUAUUUUAGUAUCUUGACUCUGAGGGCAGAAGGGAACAUUUUGUUUUGUACAGUCUGUCCCAGUCCAGGCAGUAGUAUGCUAUGGAUUAAAGCAACACGACAACAACCUGGAAGCUUUUCCAAACCCCAGCAGCUCCUGGUUGUAAUUCUUUAGUUUUCCUCUCGUCUCUUGAUCCAACUAGUGAAAAAUGGGACUGCACUUGUUUGUCCUAAUGUUUCCUGGUUAGCCAGGGUGCCAGUCUGAAGCAGCAGCAAGGAGCUCCACUGUCAUUGUCUUCUGAGAUAGACUGGCACCCUGGUUAGAUUCUUUGUAUGUGUGUAUGGACAAACUUUUUUUUCAAGAAUGGAAAUCAUAAUGUCUCUAUGGUCACAUGUCCCUCCAAAGCUUGACCCUCUUACAGUGGACUGUCACAUCCUGUUUGGGUGAGAUGAUUCCAGGCCUCUCUAAAGAACGCAACGCUGUAAGAUUAUAGAUAUGAGAUGCUUUCUCAUCUGUGAAACGCGGUGCAUGCCAAGAUGGCAUAAGUCACACAUUUUAACAGUGUUACAAACCACUACAGAAAGUAUCGAUUACAUUUUUAACUCCUUAGUUUGUUUCUGUCAUUUUUAUUACCCUUAUAAUUAUGCGGCUGCAGUGGUUUAUAAAAGUUAAUGCACACAUUAUGUUAAAUGUUUACAGAGGCAAUGUUUUGUUAAACCAAUGUGCAUCAAUAUAAAUAUUUAUGGUUUAUUUUAGGGCAAUAAUCCCUUUUUUUUUUUUUUUUAGCUUUUGUAUCAUUUGGAGGUUCAUGUACAGGAAUAACCCUCGACCUCUGUUCAUUCACUUUUCAAAAAUGACAAAAUUCUGAGUUUAAAUCACUGAUUUUCCUGCAUAACACAGCAGUGUGCCCUUGGCCGUGGCAACGUUGCAGCAACGCUGUGACAAGGUUCUCUGCCGCCCAGGUGCCAGGUGACAUGUUUUCCUCAAGUGUUUCUACCAUGCUACUCUAAUUUAUGUCCUCUGUGUAUUAUGGGAAUUGUUGUAUUUUCCUCAAGGUCUUUUUUCCAUUGAAUAAAAUCCUAAGUAAUUUA